CCCCAGACUAUAGUUCCCUGUGUACAAUAUAUACAGCGCACAGCUUCUAAGAGUGUCCAAGGACACCUAAACAUUCCUAAUAGGUCCUGCUACUUUAAUAACAUGGUCCUGCCUCAAAUAGCCGGCUGCCAGAGUGCAUGCUGCCUUUUAAGUGAAGGAGUGAAGGAGUGACGGGCUGUAAUUUGAGAGUCGGAGAGAGGGUAUCAUUAGCCUAAACGUAGAGCGGUGCAUGAGCACAGCAGAUGUUGAAAGCAACCAAGGACACAGGCAAAGCCUUUUUUUUUUUUUAACAUCUAAUCAUCUCUUGUCGACGCAUCUCACCUACAUUUUCUGAAUUAUACAGAGGGGCAUUUUACCAACAAGUAUAUGGCUCUGCUCUCCUAAUCCACAAGCAAAUCAAAGGGACAGCGAACAGCACUAAAGGGAAGACUGGUUUAAUUGUCUAUUCGUUUUGCCGGGACUCGCAACUUGGUGAAUUGUACUUGGAUAGACUACCUGUCUUCAGAUUUGGAUAGCUUUAGAAUGCUAUAACAAAUAGAAUUGAAUGGAUUCUCAUAGGUUCUGACUGGACAGAUAGCCCAUCAGUGAACGAGUCCUUUCAACGAGAUCUCUGAAUUGUUGGAGGUUUGUUGCGAGGGUUUAUACGAUGGCUUCUCUUCACCUUAUACUAACUGUUUGGUUAGUUACGCUGCGCCCUUACAGCGCACUAUUUUCGGGACCCUUGUUUCCGGAGAUGUCUAAUGGCACGUUCCAUCAUUACUUCGUACCAGACGGUGAUUACGAGGAAAACGACGACCCGGAGAAGUGUCAAAUGCUUUUUAAAAUGACAGACGACAGAAAAUGUGGUCUGGAUGAAGACCAGGAUUCGGUCAUCCGUGAUGAUUUCACGAUCAUUAAGCGUCAUAUCGAGGACGCUGCCAGGGUUCUGGAGGGAAUUGGGAAGAGCAUCUCCUACGACCUGGACGGAGAGGACAGCUAUGGAAAGUAUUUAAGAAGAGAGACAACGCAGAUAAACGAGGCAUUCACUAACUCCGAGAAAUCAUUGUUGGAACUUGAGGUAAAAUUCAAACAGAGCCAAGAAAACGAACUCAAAGAAGAGCACCGCAUCGGUGACGACUUCCUAAACAUGAUCGUUCAUACCAGGGACGGGUUGAAAGAUACUCUGGACAUUUCACUUGGGCUGAAAGACAAACAUGAGCUGCUCUCUCUUAUCAUCAGGAGUCACGGGACCAGACUAAGCAGGCUGAAAAAUGAGUAUAUGAAAGUCUGAACCAAACUCAGUCAAUUCUUAUGUAUUUUGAGGGGAUACCCAGGUGCCUUUUCUUAACUUUGCUAAAGCUGUUGAUAUUCAUUAAUUGUAACAUUAUUUGAUUUUAUACCUUACUCUUAAUACAAUAAAUAUAUCAAGGUUAAGAAAGUACUUUUCGGAAUACAAAGAAGGGUGAGAAUCUUUUUAAUUGACAGUUUUGGGGAGUAAAACACAGAGUUAUUGGCUAUGUACUGUAACAAUGACUAGGUCUUACAGGGAACCUCACAGGCCCAGAUGGAGAACGAUCAAUAAUGUUGUUAGUCAUGUAUUGAUUGUAUUACAAUUUUGUGUGAUUUAGAUAACACCAAGCAUCCCCUAUGAUUGUGAACAUAAGACUCAGCUUAUGAGAUCAGUAAAGUUGUGUAGAAUCAAUCAAUUGCAUUGAGUUUGAUAUGGAGCUCAAACUAUUUUGGCAGGAUUAUGGCUGACCACAUACAACAUAUGCAGAGUGAUGUAAACUAAAAGCCACAGAUGUUUACAGCAACAAUAACAAUAGCAAGCAAAUAUCUUGCAGCUCUGCCCAUUUGAUCUGUGCUUGAGAGGUGUAAGCAAACAGCUACAAUGGGAUGUGAACAGCAUUGGUAUUAUUAUCUGUAUUAUUUUGUUAUUGAUAACAUUAGAGUAUUAAUUAUAAUAAAGGAGUUGAGGUUGUAUUGUAACCUAUCUCUAUGUCAUUUUAAAUCUUGUUAAUAAAUCCUGACUACAAAUGUAGGCCUAUGUGACUCUGGCGGAUAUUGUGUCAUACAAAUGUUCUUAUUGAAAUGUAAUACUGUGAGUGUCUAUAUUUUUAUGUGGGAUAAAAUAUAUUCUUGAUGUCAAAUUUUGCAUCAUCAUAGUAAAAUGUAUAUUCUUGUGAUGGUAAUGUUAUGAGAUUACUGAGAUCGACUGGGGUGAUAAAUCCCAAGACCAACCAAGAUGACUGCGGGCAGGAAUAUUGGACUUCAAAUACUCAAAAGGUGUGUCUACAUUCCUGAGGUUGUUCUUUUAAUAUAAUAAAAUCUUCAAGCUUAA